UAAUUCUACAGGAAUCGAAGUUUGUCGGAAAUAGAGAGUAAACAAUGUUGCGCUGUCUGUUUGCUCUGCUUUUGGUCCAAGUGGCAUUGGGAUCAGUUCCGAGGAAGUAUCUACGGGAUGACGAUGAUCUAAGUGGAGUGGAUCCUGAUAUUCUUGAUGGGUUGGACGACUACGACGAGGAAGCCGAACGUGUUAAACAGGAGCUUAUUGACCAAUAUGCUCGAGGAAUUGGCGACACAAUAAAAAGCACUGGAUAUCCAUUCGAAGCCUAUGCAGUUGAAACUGAAGAUGGAUACAUUCUGGGAGUGCAUCGAAUUCCAUACAGUCCAGUGAAUGGACCCGCGUCGAACAAGCCAGUAGUUUUCCUACAACAUGGGCUCUUGUGUUCAUCUAACGACUGGAUUAUCCCAGGACCAGGCAAAGGAUUAGCUUAUCUCCUCGCUGAUCUUGGAUACGACGUAUGGAUGGGCAAUGCACGUGGUAACUCUUUCUCAAAGAACCACAAGAAACUCAGUCCAAAAAAGAAAGACUUCUGGGACUUCAGUUGGCAUCAAAUUGGUUACUAUGACUUGCCAGCUAUGAUUGACUACAUUUUGGGAGCCACUGGACAGAGUUCUUUGAAUUACGUUGGACAUUCACAAGGAACAACUUCCUUCUUUAUCAUGACAUCCCUUCGCCCAGAAUAUAAUAGCAAGAUUCGAGCAAUGCACGCCUUAGCUCCAGUUGCAUUCAUGUCAAACAUGGCCAAUCCGUUCUUCCAAGUUAUAGCCCCUUUGCUCUCCAAAGUGUCGGUUCUAAAUAAGUUGCUUGGAACUUUCGAGUUCUUGCCAUCUUCAAAAUUGCUAAGUUUGGUAGGUUCGGCAUUGUGCAAGGAUGAAUCCCAUUUCCAAGCAAUAUGUUCAAACUUCCUUUUCUUGCUGGCAGGAUUUGACGAUGAGAAUCUUAACGCUACUAUGAUCCCAGACAUCGUUAAAGUAACUCCAGCAGGAGCCUCCGUAAACCAGAUUCUCCAUUAUGCUCAAGGAUGUAAGUCUGGACAUUUCCGUCAAUACGACUAUGGCUCCGUGAAAAAUUUGAUCAAAUAUAAGAGCUUGAGCCCACCUGAUUAUCCAUUGACCAAGGUUACUGCCCCGAUCCACUUGUAUUAUGCUAACAACGAUUGGAUGGCUGCAGUAAAGGAUGUGCAAAUUCUCGCAUCGAAGCUGCCAAAUUUAGUAUACAACAAAAUGGUGCCGCAUAAGAAGUUCAAUCAUUUGGAUUUCUUGUGGGCUAUUAAUGUCUAUGAUCUGUUGUAUGCUGACUUGAUCGAAAAUAUUCAAAAAUACACUUAGGCAAGGACAAUAGUUCGAA